AGGUUUUCCUAUAUAGUUCAUGGGUUCCUUUGAAGAAAUUUUUGGUGCUUGGACAGAGGAUUGGGAGUUGGAGAGUUAUCAGUUUGCCACCGAAAGCAAAGAGCCUUCGUUCACGGAAGUUCCCUUUGAGGACCUUGGAAAACUAAAGUGGAGUGGUAACUGUAUCCAUGCUUUUGAAGGGCAAACCAGUCCUUGGUGGCGUCAGAAUGGCUCUAACUGUCCUUUUUCGUUGUCAAGUGAAGCUAACAGACAAGACACCUUGGAAAUAUCAAGUAGUGUGAGUCACUCAUGUUCUGAUGAAUCACCAAACGUGCCUCUGGUAACCAGUAAAGAGCAAGAUGACCACUUUGAACAAGUGUUUCGUGACAGUCUAAUACAGUAUGAUGACCCAACUUGGGAUCCACCCUGGGAAGACAAUAGUUACCAUUCUGUAAUGAUGACAUUAUCGGAAGACGGAGACUAUGUCCCAAAGGAACCUUCCUUACAUUGUCCAGGAAGGAGAAGAAAAAGGCAAUUAGAAACUUUUCCAUUGGAACACUUGAAAGAUCUAAAAGGCUCAACAUCUGCAGAAGGUCGGAAAAUGACUGCUGAGGAGAGAGCCUUAAUGCUGUAUAAGAGGAAAUUGAGAAACCGGAAUUCUGCUGCUCGCUCGAGACGAAGAAGAACGAUAAUUUUGAAUGAGAUAAUUGAUCAAGUGUCUUCUUUAAAGACAUUGAUAAAGCAAUUGCAAUGCCGUUUAUGUUUGUAUGAAGGGAAAGGGUGUUUAUCAAAAGUGGACGCAAGAUUUGAAGAAGUUCGUACACAUCUAUUUACUCAGUUGAAAAGGUUACUUUCUGUCGAAUAUCAGGUGGCUGUAUUGAGAGCCAAACUUAUGGGGACAAAGGUAAAGGGGAACUUUACUAUUGAGAAGCAACAGUGGGAGAAUACGACAGAAAGAUCCUUUUCAUUUACUAGUGUUUGAAUUUGGAUAGUUUACAUUGUUGUAAUUUAGUUUUCAAUCAAUUUUAUACAAGAAGAAGGAUAAAGAAGCUUGGAUCUCUUGGCAGAUCCAAAAGGAAGAUGAAAUUUUCU